ACCAUUAAUUCACAACAGGUAAAGGUUCAAAUUCUAGACUGAUACUACCGCGUGUUUUUGUGUUUUGCACUGCCGUAUAUCUAAGGGAAGAAAGGAUUAUAUAUUUGUAAGGAAAUAUGUAUCAACAAUUUUUUGUCCUCCUUAUGGUAAAUCUUGUAUGCAGUCAAGACAAUGUGUUAGACAUUGCAAAACAACGUGGAGCCAUGACAUUGGUGAAGUUACUACAAGACGCCGAACUGAGCAGCGUUCUGAAAGGCCAAGGUCCAUUUACACUGUUUGCUCCGACAGACAAGGGAUUUGAUGCUCUUCCUGCCGAUGUUUUGGAUAAGUUAUCAAAAGAUAAAGCUCUUCUGAAAAAGGUUUUAUCAUAUCAUGUCGUUUCCGGUAAAAUACUGGCAAAAGAUCUUAAGAAUAACGAACUUUUGGAUAGUUUGGACAACCCUGAAAAACUCAGAAUCAAUAUCUACGGCCAAGAUGUUUUUGCCACAGGGCGUAAAGUGAUACUACCUGACAAUGAUGCCUCCAAUGGUGUAGUCCAUAUGUUAAACCAAGUCAUCUACCCCGUUCCCACGAAAAAAAUUGUAGCCGAGGCUUCCAUAACUCCGGAACUCAGUACAUUAGUGUACGCCGUUAUUCGAGGAAAUUUACAGAAAACGCUUACAGACGGCAACUUCACGGUAUUUGCUCCAAAUAAUGCUGCUUUCCAAAAGUUACCACCUGGGAAACUCAGUGACCUCCUCAGUAAUGAAACAGCCCUUGUUUCUCUGUUGACAUAUCACGUGACCGAGGAGGUACUCUACAGCGGUGGACUGAAAGAUGGACAGGAAGUUCCCACGGUGGAGAAGUCAAAGCUCGUGAUUAGUAUUAAUGGUGGCGUGGUCAAGGUUGGUGGCGCAACAGUUGUACAGGCUGACGUCAGCGUAACUAACGGCGUGAUUCACGUUAUUGAUACCGUACUCACUCCGCCUAAUUAACAAUGUGA